AGCAAGGCCACCCAUGAGUAGUGCUGCGGCCAGUGCAGCCCAGCGGGCAGGCUUGCGCAUCAACUUUGAUGAUCUCUACCGCAAGCUCCUCGAGGAUCCGACGCUCCAGCUCGACCAGGCCGUCGUCGCAAGAAUGAGCACCGCCAUGCAGAGUUACCAAGCGGGGCAGCUCCAAAAGGGCGAGCUCUUCAAGCUCUUCAAGGAGGUGUUCGGCCCGGCCCGCAUCAAGGAGGGCAUAAAGUCCCUCAGCAGUACAGCGCAAUGCGCGGCUGGCGGCAGCGGCAGCGCGGCUGAAUCCGCUCCUCGGCCAGCGACCACUGCAGUCACGCGCAGUCCGAUGCCGAUGAUGCCACCUCUUCCCGAGGUCGCCGCAGACGCAAGCCGAAAGCGCCCAGCGCCCGCCGCAAGCCCCGGCGGCGGUGACGCGGUCGGCAGCGGAUCGGGCGCAAGCGGCGGGGGCGUCGCCGCCAAGCGCGCGCGUGUGGCGACUGCGGACGGGUACGCGUGUGCCGCCGCGGCCUCGGAUGGGGCGGUGCUGGCGAGCGUCACGGGCACACGGCGGGGCGAGGAUGCGGAGAAGGAGACGAAGGAUCUCGGCAGCGGCUUUGACAUCUUCCAGGCGCCCCCCCACACGCCGCG